AUGUCUGGUGUUUUGAACCCUCAAAAGGCGUAUCAUAACCGCUCAAGAUCGAGUGCCGACAAAACGUUGAGUAGCGAAGAGAACUCAGCAAAAAGUUACGAUAAUGGGGGCAGUAAAAGCUCAAACUACGAAUCCAAUAUGAGCAAUACCAAAAAGGAUAGACAUAAUCUUGUAUUGUCCACCUCCUUUAUCUCCACGAAAAGACUGGAAAGUGCACCACCAUCUCCUGCCAGUCCCCUACAAGGCAGGUUUCCGCGUAACAGCAUCAGUAAAGCUUUAGUAGGAAUCAAGAGUGAAAUUAAUCAACUGCAACUACAAUUACAGCAAACAAAAAAGAAUAAAAUUGAAGCGGAAAGAAUACGCGAUUCAGCACCUUCAGAAAUCUACAAAGGUGAGUACUCAACAGAUCAUUUACAGAAACACUCUAUGAGGAUACGUGCCAAUACCCAAAUAAGAGAGCUGGAUAAAUCGAUGAAGAAAACUGAAAAGCAGAUUACUGAAUUAAAAAAACAACUUGAACAAGCAAAGAAGGUCAACGAGACUGGAGGCAAGACAAGCCGUCUGAAUAUAAGACAUAACAGCUCUUCUAGUGUACUGACUGACUCAAUUAAUGAUCCAUUAAAGGAAUCACUGCGAUCUGACAUCACUCCGGAAGAGAAUGCCAGAAAUUCUUACGAGAAUGGCCAACUGAGCGGUGAUAACGAUAUUGAGGAAGAAAAUGAUUAUGAUUUGGAACAAGAGUCACGGAAUCAGGAAGAAUUAGAAUCUAUUUCCCAGACUUCUCUUAAAAAGAAAUAUCCUAGUGAUGAACUGCCGAGCGGCACAAACUUUGAAACUGCAACCUGGCUGAUAAGUGAUUUCAUGCAAAGUCUACAAGACACAAAUAUGACAGCGGACUAUGUGCUCAAAAAGGCAAAUGGAUUAGUCAGUCUUCUCAAAGAGCACCCCGAUAUUCGACGGAAUUUGGUUUUGUCUUCUUUUAUGGGCUCCAUACAGUCCUUAUUACUUAGUGAAGAUAAGAUAAUUGUGUCUUCUGCAUACCGUGUUUGCAGAUAUUUAUUAGAUAGUGCUGAGUUUGCAGAUUGGUUGAUAAAACUCCGAUUGGAUGCUUUCGUUGUCAUAUCUUUAGCGAAAGAUAGCGUCUAUCAAGUAGAAAGGGAGCAAGCGUUGAGGCUUGUAAGAGCCUUCUCAGAUUUCCACGCAAAUAUACCGAGAGGUAUAGUCCAAGCUAUAAUAAGUUGCGUAGAAAAACAGGAUGAUCCUCUUCGAAACAUGGCUUUGGAGACGUUACUAGAGCUGUGUUUCUUAAAUCCUGAAGUUGUUAGUGAAUGUCAUGGAAUGCAUGUGUUCGAGGCUAUACUCAGAGAGUACACACUUUUCCCCCUCGCAUCUAUUAUUCUGGACGCUAUUUUACAGUUGAUGUCUGCGCACUCAACAAGACAAUAUUUUUUGAAUGACUUUAAUAUAUCUGUUUUAUUUACAAUAUUCUCUGAUUCGAACACAAAAUCAUCUUUGAAUGUUGAAAAGAUGCAAAAUGGCACGCUCCUAAUCGCAAAAGCUCUCAAGGAUUACAAUGGAUUAAUGCUUUUCUCCAUGAAUAACUUUCAGCCUUUGAGAGAACUACUUUCUUUUUUUCAGGUACCUCUAUGCGCUCCGUACCUGGUUGACAUAUUUCUAGAUGUACUAAGGAUAAAAAAGAUCUCAUAUGGUAGUCCAAGGAGCUCUUACAAGCUUACUCCGUCGCAUUUUUGUAAGGAAUCUAUGCUUUUGAACCAAUAUGUUGCCCUUAUUGUCCUUGUAAUGUACAAAUCGAACUUUGUUUCUUUUAUUGGGAAACUGCUUAACAGGUAUGAAAUUGAAGAAAUAAACGCAACAUUAUUAGCCAAGGCAAGAUACCUUCUUUCAGAGUAUAUGAACUUGGCAAUGAAUCUAUUAUCUGAGGAUACUUCUUUUGCAAAUGAGUUAUUGCCAUUUUACAAGAAGACUUAUUAUAAUGAGACGUUCGAGUUUGGCAAAAUUUUCAAUGCCAUGAAUAAGAAAAGAAACACCCUGGGAAUGGCGGCAAUAGGUGUCGGAAAAAAUGUAUUGAAUAUCUCACAAAGUAUCAAGGAAACGACAAUGGGUCGCAAAGUCGAUGACAUGGAAUUCAGAAGAAUGGUUUACGAUUCAAAAGUUCUGCAAACCAAAAAUUUUGCAAGCUGGAAUUGGAAUGUUAUUCAAGAGCUUCUGGAGGGUCCUCUCUUAAACCCGAAGCAAUUAGAUGAACUAGUUAAAUCCACUAAAUUCAUUAGAAGAUUGUUGAUUUUUUAUCGUCCUUUGAGGCUACGUUUUGCUAAUGUUGACAAGGGCACUCGACUGUCUCAAAGGUAUGUUCAAGUGGGCUGCCAUUUUUUCCGCAUGUUGACCUCCACUUCUGUUGGCAUGAAAAUUCUAGCGGAUGAUACAAAGAUCAUUCCGCAACUGACUUCUCUCUUAUUUCGAGCAAUGGAGGGCAACACUACGGAUAACAUUGUAGAUGCUAAUACAUUGAAAACAAAGGUGGUUGGUGGAUAUUUCAAAUUUGUUGGUGUAUUAACAGAAUCGCAAAAUGGGGUUUCAUAUUUGAAGAAGUGGAAUUUUUUCACCAUUAUGUACAAGAUGUUUGAGAAUAGGUAUCCUAUAUCGUUGAAUUUUUUACUUCUAAUUCUCCCAGAGCUUGAUUUGCGUUGUUCAGGACAUUGUAGAACGAUAAUGGGCAAGGCUCUUGUAUAUCCGGAUGAAAACAUAAGAGUGAAAGCUACUGAAUACUUGGGACGAAAGUUGAAAAGCUUGCACAACAAUGCUAGUAAUGGUGUUAAAAUGGACGACAAUGGAAGCCUACAAGGGUUUUUCAUGGAGAUGUUAACGAGACAACUAUAUGAUCUGAGCCCCAAGGUAGUUGCUGUCGCAGAUCAAGCGCUUUAUGACUGGAUUGUCACCGAAGAGCUAUCAUCAAAUAUGGGAUCCUUUCUGAGAACAUCUUUGCGGCAAUUAGUUUUUAUUAGAUCUCCAAUAUUAUUUGAACUUAUGAGUACUCCUUUUGGAUUUCAAAUCUUGAAUGAAAUUAAUUUUAUUCAAGAUGAAAGAAGCUCCUGGUUGGAGAAGAAAAACAUUGAGUAUGUAUCUUUGGCGGAAGAUUUUCUCAGCUCGUCAGAGCAUUCUUCCAAUUUCAGUCCUUUGAAAAGAGUCAAUCAAGGUGGAAGAUUACCUCAUCACUUUUAUGAAAGCCUUGCAAAAACUGAAGAGGGAAUUGCCAUGAUAUGCAGGAGUGAUGAUCUCAUUGAAUUUAUUAAUGUUAUCAAGACUUUCAAAGCUGAUCUUGACAACCAGGUUAAGCAGACAGUAGAAAGUAAAACAGCAAUUAAAUCAGCGUUGUGGUGCGUCGGGUACAUCGGAUCCACAGAACUGGGAGUUGGCUUAUUAGAUAAUUAUUCGUUGGUUGAGGAUAUAAUCCAAUUAGCGUACGGAGCAAGCGAGACAUCGGUAAGGUUUAUAGCGUUCUUAGCCCUUGGCUUGACAAGCAAGACAAAGGAAGGUUGUGAGAUUUUAGAUGAGAUGGGAUGGAGUUGUUGUCUAAAUGUUCAAGGGACACCAAUUGGCGCUACCUAUCCUGACCAUCUAGAUUGGUUUCUCUCAUAUAAUGAAAAGAGGUGGUCAUGUAUAGAGGAGUAUAAAGACGAAAAAAUUGAGUUUGAUAUUACAAAUGGUGAUAUAAUCGAUUCCGUACCUCCAAUAGCAUUGAAUCUUGAACAUCUUCUAAAGGAAAGAAACAAUGUGGAUAACAUCCAGGACGAUGGCUACUUCCAGGAUUUAAUAAAAUCAACCGAAAGACAGUGUUUGGAAGAAUCACUAUUGCAAAGAAAUGAAUUUGAUGAAAACGAUUUAGUGGAAAGGGUUCUAGACGCUGUGAGUAAAUUGGGUAACCACAUCUUAUCGAACACAGCUAUCAAAGAGAUCACUGAGAUGAACCUGGAGUACGGUUCGAAACUCCUCGAGUCCGAAAUAAUGUUCAUCAAGGUUAUGAACAUGAUGUCACUGUACAGAUUCAAGCCACACGUUCGCAAAUUUUUAUGCGGACUUUUCAUCAAUAAGAGAGCCCUAGCAAACGUCAUUAGACAUGACCGUAAGGCCAAGUGA